GGGCAGAGGAGAGAGAAAAAACAGAACAAAGGACGUGUCUCUCUUCGCGUGAGAAAGAAGCGGUUCUUGCCAAGAGAGAGAGAGAGAUGGCGGCGGCGGCAGGGGCAGCGGCAGGUGCGGCGGAGGUGAUCGCGAUUCACAGCUUAGAGGAGUGGACCAUCCAGAUCGAGGAGGCCAACAACGCCAAGAAGCUGGUAGUGAUUGACUUCACUGCAUCAUGGUGUCCUCCAUGCCGUGCCAUGGCUCCAAUUUUUGCUGAUCUCGCCAAGAAGUUUCCCCAUGUUGCUUUCCUGAAGGUCGAUGUUGAUGAACUGAAGCCAAUUGCUGAGCAAUUCAGUGUUGAGGCCAUGCCGACAUUCCUAUUUAUGAAGGAAGGAGAUGUUAGGGACAGGGUUGUCGGAGCUAUGAAGGAUGACCUGACGGCGAAGCUUGGGCUACAUGCAGCCCAGUAAUUACAUAAUGGAGUUGUAUUCUGCUAAAUAAAAUGACUCUUCAACUUUGAAAGAUGUACUGCCUCUGUAGUGGCAACCUUAUAUGCUGUGUUAACUACUGUUUGAUACUGCUUAGUUUAUGGAUAAUGCCAUGCUUGAUCCAAGCUAGUGCUUUUGCAUAUAAUGGUUUGCUUGCAGGUAA